AGGAAGUAAACAUUGUCCCCAUGCAGUUUCCGCUAUAUUUCGUUUGACGUUUAAUUCCACAUGCUCUCGUUUUCGUCUGUUUUGUAGCCAAUGUUACACUGACUGCAGCUAUGAGUGCAAUAAUUCCUCGGAUAGAGCAGCUGUCUGCCAGAGUUAUUCGGGUUUUGGGCUGUAACCCGGGACAAAUGACCCUGCAGGGAACCAACACUUACCUGGUCGGAACUGGGCAAAGGCGGGUGCUGAUAGACACUGGAGAACCUGCUGUGCCUGAAUACAUCAGCAAUCUGAAACAGGCACUGACACAGUUCAACACCAGCAUCCAGGAGAUCAUCGUCACACACUGGCAUCACGACCACACGGGCGGAGUGGAAGACAUCUGCAGGGACAUCACAGGUUCUGAAAUCCAAAUCAGCAAACUUCCUCGCUCCAGCCAAGUCAAAGAGACAGCCGGAAACAAAAGCUAUACUUAUCUAAAAGAUGGAGAUGUUAUCCAGACGGAGGGGGCCACACUCAAAGUGCUGUUCACCCCGGGUCACACUGAUGACCACAUGGCCUUGCUGCUGGAGGAGGAGCGGGUGAUCUUCUCUGGAGACUGCAUCCUGGGCGAAGGCACAGCCGUGUUCGAGGAUCUGUUCGACUACAUGAACUCUCUGAAGAUCCUGCUGGGCUCUCAGGCUGACAUCAUCUACCCUGGUCAUGGACCUGUGGUUGAGAAUGCUGGCUCUAAGAUCAGAUACUACAUCAGCCACAGAGACGAAAGAGAGCGGCAGAUCCUGGCAGCCAUUCAGGCAGGAGCAGGAAAGCCUUUCUCCUCAAUGGAGCUCGUCAAGAUCGUCUAUAAGGACACCCCUGAAUCCCUCCACAAAGCAGCUAACAUCAACCUGGUCCAUCACCUAAAGAAACUAGAGAAAGAAGGCAAAAUCAGCAUGAUGAAUGAAUCUUCACAGAACGUCAAAUGGAAGAGUAGCCUGUGACGGCCACACAGACUGAAGAAAUGGUCUUCAACUGACAAUCUAUCUGGUCAACAGCUGAUGAUUUUUCAGUCAAAAAUGAUCACAUAAUACUUAUGGUUUAAUGCCUCAGAUCUGCUGAUUGAAAGAAAUGUUGGUGAAGAAUAAGGGAUGGUGGUCACACUUGUUGCCUUGGACGUUCCUGACUCAGAAUAUACAAAACAAGACCAACAAUCACACUCACAAGAGGCCCGUAAUACGAAGCCAGUUCAACACACCCAGGAUAUCUUCCCGGCUUCACUAAUCCUUGCAUUGCCUGUAUGGAUAACUAACUAAUAAUUGUUGCAUUUAUCAUAAUUGGAGCCAGUCACAGUGUGUAGAUUAUUUUUCUAAUAAAAUCUAAUCUGGUUUUUAUUUCCAGUUCUCAUCACACAGAUGUCUCAUGUUAUUUUAAGCUGUACACUGUCGGCUGUCACUGCGGGGAUAAAAUAAACUUUGCACAAAUUAAAGUGCAGCUGAAAUUA